AAAUGGUUUAAUAGCUUGUUUAUCAUCCUUUCAAGAUAAAAAAUGCAGCACCUGUGAUCAAAGAAAUGUGGAAACCGCGCAUCAAUCAGCGGCCGCAGUAAUGGACUCCAGCGACCAACCUCAAAUUUCCACAGAACACCUGCGUUCGACCUUGAUCCCCAUCGCGCAAAUUUCCCCGACAACUGAACGCCUACUUGAAAGCUCUGUCCAUGCGACUGUGACACUAAUAUGGCCUUAUUCGUCGUCAACAAAAUCUAUCAGCCUUUUGUUAGCUGAGCCAGACUUCCGCCUGCGACGCUCCAACGGGCAGGUGAAAGUGAUUUUCCAUGGGGCAGUUGCAGAAAAUGUUGCAAAGUCGCAGGUCGGAAUUGGAGAUGAGGUUUAUCUUAGCUUGGCUGGAUCGAGAUUGGUGAACAAUGAAGCUGCAACUCAAACACCUGGGAGAUUCGUUGGUUGGGAUGUGCACCUCGACGAUCAUGUGUCCCUUGAGGUCUUACGAGCUUCGAAACACCUAUCAACCGUGAAAAUUGAUCGCCCUGCCUCGCCGCUGCCGACCACCGAGGAAAAGACCGCGCCACCGGCUACACCGAGUGCUUCCCAAACUCGCCAUGAAGAAAUUGGUCCUGUCCCUAGCUUGGGAAGCUGGGGCUCACCGGCUUUUAUACAACGGUCGCGCGCCUCAUUUGGCGGUACAGCGAAGACGGCGCUCGAACCGUUCGCUGAGGAAGAUGGCUUUGUCCCUGGCAAGGGUAGAAAGAAGCCUAGAUUCAGCAUGCAGAACAGCGACUGGCGUGUAAUCGAUGAGCCUGAAAGUUCCAGCGAAAGGGCAGACGCGAUGGAUUGGACCCGGAUAUUCGAUGAAGAGGAAAGCCCUGAGCCAGAGGUUCACGAGGAAGACCAGACGGAAAACAACAAGGAGCGUCUAGAAACUCCCGAUAUCGCAGGCCCAACCUUAGAAGGAGGAGACAUUUCAGGCUCCGUGGAGCCUGAGAAUACCUCUGUUCCAUUGAGUCAUGAUACACCACACACUUUCAAAGCACCUCAUGGCAUGGAGCGGGCUGCGAAACCCAGCGCAAAGGCAUUUGACGCUGGUGAAUUCCAAGUUCCUGAACUCCUACGCCAUCGAACCACCAGCCAAGGAGUUUUCAAUGAUCCCUUUCAUCUUCCAACAGACACUCCACGAUUACAUCCAGUCCCGUCCCCCGGACUUCCCGUUCCUUCCCCACUUGUUUCGACGUCGAAUAGUCCGCAUGGCUAUUUCACUUCUAUUCCCACUUCACAGCCUCAGGUUAAUCGGCCCUUCCCGGCAGAGGUGCCGACAGAGGUAGAGGGACUUGAGCCGAGCAAUAGCUCUGAAGUGCAACCGGGAACCUCACAAAUACGGGCAGCCGAAAAUUCUGUCAUAGAUAGUGAGCGAACAGACCAGGCGGUCCCUUCACUUGAGGCAGUUUCUAAAAAGCCAACAAUCAACACCAACUCUGAAGCGUCUAGCUCCACCCUCAUACCUAGAACUGCUGGCCCUAAGCUAGCAGCAGAAGUACAACCCGUGGGUAAUAAUGAAUCAGCUGUGGAGGGUAAGAAGGACAAGCCCGCAAUGCAUGUUUCCGAGGCAGAUUUUCAGAUGGAAGAUGGUGUAAACCACCUGGGUAACGAUGUUAUAGAAGUGGAAGAAAUGGAAGAGCGGGGUAUACAAGCGGAUGGCGGUGAAUCUCAAAAGAAGAAUGGCUUUACGGAAGAGAGUCUUCAACAGAGGGAGGAGCUGUCUGAGGACGAUGAAGACGAGUAUGAUGAAGAUGAGGAUGAAGAGGAUGAAGAGGAUGAAGAAGACGGCGAUGAGACUAGCGAUGAGGACGAAGAAGAGGAUGGAGAAGAUGGAGAGGAAGAAGGGAAUGAGUCAGAGGACGAAGCGAGAGAGAAAACCACCGAUCAUGACUUCAUCUCAAAGGGGCCGUGUCAGCCCAGUCAAGCAGAAUUCAUCGAAGAUGACUCCGACGGGAUCAUAGAAGAGAUCCCAGAGAAACAGAAUGUUGCCAUGGAAGGUCUCACCACAAUCACCGAUGCGCAAUCGCCGAUGGAAAGCGGCGAUGACACAGACGGAGAACAUGGCUAUUACGUCGAAGAUGAAGAAAACGUGGAUGAAGAAACGGUGGAUGAAGAAAUUUACGAUGAAGAGGAGGCCGAAGAUGUUUGUCAUGACGAGCAAGGUGACUAUAUUGAAUCCGAAUAUGAAUCGGAUGAAGUCGAAGAACAGGGGCAUCAGCAGAAACAGCAAAAUACGCAUCCAGAAAUCAUUGUACUGGACAGUGAUAGUGAAGACGAACCUUACUCUAAUACCCAGGCAAACCCGUCAAGACAGGCAAAAAAAGAGAUUACCGAUUUACAAAAGGUGGAAUUAUCUGAGUCUUCAACAGACGAAGACUCGGCAUCUGAAGAAAGCGGCUCUGAGUCCGAGGUUGAAGAUUGGUCUAUCGUUGAAGAGGAACAGGCUGAGGAGGAACCAGUUGGGGAUGAACCCGUUUGGGAUGAACCAGUUAAGACCAAAGACGCUGGGCACGAGCCGACCGAGCGAGAGCAAACACGAUCUGAAAAUGUUGAAGACGAUAGGGUCGAUAUUCACAUGACACCGUUGAAGAGUGAUGCAGUACCAAAUCCUGGUCUCGAUGAAGGAUUGAAAGCCGGCAACGACAAUGAGGUACAGGACUUACACGACCCGGGACUAAAUAUUCGCGAAGAUUCUAUCGUCGAGUCUAUCCAACAAAACUACAUGGACACGGAAUCUGCUCCCCAGAGUAUGGAAAUGGCGAUAGAUCCCAGUCUACAUCAACCCGAAGAAAGCGCAGAGGACCAACCAGACGCCAACCAAGAACAGGGAGGCCCUAGCCAUCAGCCCGAAGUCAGAGAAGAGGACACACAAAAUUAUCCGCGGCCGAGACAAGAAGUUGAUGAUGCCUUGUUUCUUGACGAUGCUGCCUCACCCCGAUUGCAAAGCUCCACCGUUACUGUUUUCGAAUCUUCGGAAAUUUCACAUCGUGACUUUCAAUUGAUAACCCCAGAUACUUCGCAGGAGGUUGAGGCUGGAAAACAAACUAAUACAGAUCUCCCUACGAACGAGUCACCCCUCACACCUCAGCAAACACAAGAAGCAUCACAACCAUUGAAUUCGCACGCUGGGGACCGGUUAUCACCUCAAGCUCAGGUGGUUAAUAAAUCUGCUGCACCUACAGAGGACGGCAUAUCUUCAAUUGAAGAGACCGAUUCCCUCGUCCUCGUUUCGCUUGAGGGUCGGAAUGAACAUCAAGGCAACCAUGUGCAAGAAAAUGACCAGAUCUCAACGCAUUAUGAUGAAAAGGGACCUAAGGAGCACACAGCUCGUGAUCAUUCUCCCGAUGGGGUUGAAGAUACCCGCCAACACUUUGCAGAGCCAGAUCGACAUUAUCCCGGUCUACGCAGCAAAUUGUCCUAUUUCUCCCCGCUCGCAACUCUUAUUGAUCAUUUCAAUACAUUGGUCGAUACCAUUUCGAUUGUGUGUGAAACGUCUUCAAUAAUCCAAGCUUCCUCGGGAAAUAAAGAUUACGUAUUGACUGUUCAGCUUACCGAUCCUUCUCUGGCUGGAACUAUGGUUACCGUCCAGAUUCUUCGGCCUUACAGGACAGUUCUUCCUUCCUUGACAGAAGGGGAUGCUAUUUUGUUGCGCAACUUCAAGGUCAAAAGCUUCAACCACUCAAUGAUGCUUGUUAGUGAUGAUACCAGUGCUUGGGCUGUCUUCGAUGGCUCUGGGGAUGAGGCUCGGUUAACGGGGCCGCCUGUUGAAUAUGGCAGCGCGGAGCUUGCCUAUGCUACCGAUUUACGACAGUGGUACCUGGAGAACGGAGCAGCCAUGGUUGCUGAUCACCAACUCCAAGCGUCAAUAGAAAAAGCCAGCCGGGAAGUGACUCCUAUCAGCAGUGCUGAGCCUAGCGACGCGGGUAGUAUGGAAUCAUGGCGUGAUAUCCGUGGCGAGUCUUCUCUAUCUACUCGAGGCUCACGGCGCAGGAAGUCUCAUCGAAGAAUAACUAUACACGAGCUUCGGGAUGGGAGAAAGUAUGCCGAAGUCGGCUCGCCGUCCGAUAAAGAAAGUAUACAUGAACUUCGGGAUGGAACGGCCUAUGCACAUCUUUGA